AUGGACUCAAAAGAAAAGAAUGAAAGCAAGAGUUCCACAGAUUCCUUUGUGGGCGACAUUCUACGCAGUCAGUCGCUGCGGGACCAGCUCAGGUUGCCGCUUAUCGCGAACCGAGAAAAGGACGAUUGCUCGCAUGCAACAACUACCUCACAGGGGCGCGAGGAGCCCCCUUCAGCUGCCGCGGUUUCUUGCGGGCGAGAGUUCAGUGAGGUGGCAGCUGGUGGGCGUGGUGAACACCCUCUCCGCGGUUCAAGUAGGACGCCUCGGUCUCUUUUUGGUUAUUCCCUUAUAUUUAUCAACUUUACGUUUAUUAUGGCGUCGAUGCUGCUUGUUAUGUCGGGUAUUGUCGCUCAUGAUAAUAUGGCGGUGCGUCUCUGUGAGCCGUGCGGAUACAUUGCGUUGUCGGCCCUUGUCUUUGGGAUUAUUCUCUGGCUUUUCACCAUUUUUGGGUUUAUGUGGAUACGUCAGCGGCAAAUGAUGUUUUUGCUGGUGUAUGUUGGUUACCUCGUCGUUUUAUUUAUCGCCCUUUUUGCCCUUAUCAUCGCUGCGACUGUGUACGAUCGGGAUACGCAGGUGGCUUUGAUGGACCCUGCGAAGUUGAUGGAUGCCUGGAGGCGCGGUGUAAAUGACACAAAGGCGGACCGAAGGUAUGAUAUUUGUUUUCUACAGCAACGCUACAACUGCUCCGGUUUUCGUGACGGAUGCUGCCUGCCUGGGGCGUGCUACAAUACGAGUGACCCGCCCAAGUGGGUUGAGACUGCCUGCCCCGUGUGUCCAUCGUUUCUCCCCAUGUCUCCCGUUGUCUGCACCGACGUUGUCUACUCCACGGUGCGUAAGAACUUGAGUGGCUUUUUGGUAAUUAGUAUUUUUUCCAUGGUGCUCGUUGUUGUGGGAAUCAUUUUUGCAUUCCUUUCUCGGAGCGCAAACCGACUGAGGAUGGUUGGGGAGGUUUGA